AUGGCGGAGACCAACAACGAAUGCAGCAUCAAGGUGCUCUGCCGAUUUCGGCCCCUGAACCAGGCCGAGAUUCUGCGGGGAGACAAGUUCAUCCCAAUUUUCCAAGGGGACGACAGCGUCGUUAUUGGGGGGAAGCCAUAUGUCUUUGACCGGGUGUUCCCUCCAAACACGACCCAGGAGCAAGUUUAUCAUGCAUGCGCCAUGCAGAUUGUUAAAGAUGUCCUUGCUGGCUACAAUGGCACCAUUUUUGCUUAUGGACAGACAUCCUCAGGGAAAACACAUACCAUGGAGGGAAAGCUGCAUGACCCUCAGCUGAUGGGAAUCAUUCCUCGAAUUGCCCGAGACAUCUUUAACCACAUUUACUCCAUGGAUGAAAACCUUGAGUUCCACAUCAAGGUUUCUUACUUUGAGAUUUACCUGGACAAAAUUCGUGACCUUCUGGAUGUGACCAAGACAAAUCUAUCUGUGCAUGAGGACAAGAAUCGGGUGCCAUUUGUCAAGGGUUGUACUGAACGCUUUGUGUCCAGCCCAGAGGAGAUUUUAGAUGUGAUUGAUGAGGGGAAAUCAAAUCGUCACGUGGCUGUCACCAACAUGAACGAACACAGCUCUCGGAGCCACAGCAUCUUCCUCAUCAACAUCAAGCAGGAGAACAUGGAGACCGAGCAGAAGCUCAGUGGGAAGCUGUAUCUAGUGGACCUGGCAGGGAGCGAGAAGGUCAGCAAGACCGGAGCAGAGGGAGCCGUGUUGGACGAAGCAAAAAAUAUCAACAAGUCACUGUCGGCCCUCGGGAAUGUCAUCUCCGCGCUGGCUGAGGGCACAAAAAGCUACGUUCCCUAUCGUGACAGCAAAAUGACACGGAUCCUCCAGGACUCUCUGGGAGGAAACUGCCGGACAACUAUGUUCAUCUGCUGCUCACCGUCCAGCUACAACGAUGCGGAGACCAAGUCCACCCUGAUGUUUGGGCAGCGGGCAAAGACCAUUAAGAACACUGCCUCGGUGAAUCUGGAGUUGACUGCUGAGCAGUGGAAGAAGAAAUAUGAGAAGGAGAAAGAGAAGACAAAAGCUCAGAAAGAGACGAUCGCAAAGCUGGAGGCUGAGCUGAGCCGGUGGCGCAGCGGAGAGAACGUGCCUGAGACAGAGCGCCUGGCUGGGGAUGACGCAGCCCUGGGAGCGGAGCUCUGUGAGGAGACCCCUGUGAAUGACAACUCGUCCAUCGUGGUGCGCAUCGCUCCUGAGGAGAGGCAGAAAUACGAGGAGGAGAUCCGCCGCCUCUAUAAGCAGCUCGAUGACAAGGAUGAUGAGAUCAACCAGCAGAGCCAGCUCAUAGAGAAGCUUAAGCAGCAGAUGCUGGACCAGGAAGAGCUGUUGGUGUCCACCCGAGGAGACAAUGAAAAAGUCCAGCGGGAGCUGAGCCACCUGCAGUCAGAGAAUGACGCUGCUAAGGAUGAGGUGAAGGAAGUGCUACAGGCCCUGGAAGAGCUGGCCGUGAACUAUGACCAGAAGUCCCAGGAAGUGGAGGAGAAGAGCCAGCAGAACCAGCUUCUGGUGGAUGAGCUAUCUCAGAAGGUGGCCACCAUGCUGUCCCUGGAGUCUGAGUUGCAGCGGCUACAGGAGGUCAGUGGACACCAGCGAAAACGCAUUGCUGAGGUGCUGAAUGGGCUGAUGAAGGACCUGAGUGAGUUCAGUGUCAUCGUGGGCAACGGGGAGAUUAAGCUGCCGGUGGAGAUCAGCGGAGCCAUCGAGGAGGAAUUCACGGUGGCCCGACUCUAUAUCAGCAAAAUCAAAUCAGAAGUCAAGUCUGUGGUCAAGCGCUGCCGGCAGCUAGAGAACCUGCAGGUCGAAUGUCAUCGCAAAAUGGAAGUGACUGGGCGGGAACUCUCCUCCUGUCAGCUCCUCAUCUCCCAGCACGAGGCGAAGAUCCGCUCGCUUACAGAGUAUAUGCAGAGCGUGGAGCUAAAGAAGCGGCAUCUGGAAGAGUCCUAUGACUCCCUGAGUGACGAGCUGGCCAAGCUCCAGGCCCAGGAAACUGUGCAUGAAGUGGCCCUGAAGGACAAGGAGCCAGACACACAGGACACAGAUGAAGUGAAGAAGGCCCUGGAGGUGCAGAUGGAGAGUCAUCGGGAGGCCCAUCACCGGCAGCUGGCCCGGCUCCGGGACGAGAUCAAUGAGAAGCAGAAGACUAUCGAUGAGCUCAAAGACCUGAAUCAGAAGCUCCAGUUAGAGCUAGAGAAGCUUCAGGCUGACUACGAGAAGCUGAAGAAUGAAGAGCAUGAGAAGAGCAGCAAACUCCAGGAGCUGACAUUUCUGUAUGAGCGACAUGAACAGUCCAAGCAGGACCUCAAGGGUCUGGAGGAGACAGUUGCCCGGGAACUCCAGACCCUCCACAACCUUCGCAAACUGUUCGUUCAAGACGUCACGACUCGAGUCAAGAAAAGUGCAGAAAUGGAGCCCGAGGACAGUGGGGGGAUUCACUCCCAAAAGCAGAAGAUUUCCUUUCUUGAGAACAACCUGGAACAGCUUACAAAGGUUCACAAACAGGUGGAUGACUGGGUUUCAAAGUGCUGGGUCUCUUCUUCCAGGAGUGACCUGCCAUGCGGCUAUGAGGCUGAGGACCAGGCCAAGCUGUUCCCUCUCCACCAAGAGACGGCAGCCAGCUAA